CUUUGCAUCAUUCUGUCAGCGGAACAAAUAAGAAAGAAAAGGCUGUUUACGAAAAAAAGGAUUCCAAUUUCGAUUUUCACUCGGACAAUUUUAUCGCGAAGAAAACCCGAUUCCAUCCAUAGUUAAUACAAAGCGGCCCUCAAAGUCGGUCGACUUCUAACAGAAUGGCCACAGUGAACGAUCUACCGAACGAAAUUCUUGAGUUCAUAUUCAGUUUGCUCCCACCGUAUCUGGAUCUGGAACAGUGUGCCCUUGUUUGUAAGCGAUGGAUCCCUCUUAUCAACAACGUUCGAAUACGCAAAAAAGCAAGCCUUCAGAAGGGGCUUAUGGACUUCAACCUUUGCUGGAGACAGGAUUUGUUGGGCGGACAAACGCCGAUUAUUGCGGCUCGAUUCGCACACGCAAGCUCGCUGCAUCGGAAUUCGAUGUAUGUUUUUGGGGGUGCUUCGUCGUACGAUACAACGUUCAACGAUCUGUGGCGCUUUGAUUUGAGUCGAAGGGAAUGGAUCCGGCCAAUCUCGAUGGGUACAUAUCCGUCGCCGAAGGCAGGAGCAUCACUUGUAUGUCAUAAAGAGUUACUGGUGCUGUUCGGGGGAUGGAGACAUUCGUACACCCCGUUUCAGAUGUGUACGCUUUUCGAUGAGCUUCAUAUUUAUAAUUUGGCCGAUAACAGGUGGACGAUACACAACCUGGCCUUCGGACCACCACCAAUGACGGGUCAUUCUGCCACCGUUCAUCACAACAAGAUGAUAGUGUUUGGCGGUUAUCAGAAGACGGCGGAGAACUUGGGAACCUCCAACGAUAUAUGGGUGCUGGACCUGGACAAACUAGCGUGGAAAAGACCCACCGUUUCUGAUCUGAAACCACCGCCGCGGUUUGGUCAGUUCCAGAUGGCCAUCGGCGAGAAUCAUAUAUUGGUGCUCGGAGGAACGGGAGGGGUAAAUCGGAUAUUUAACGACGCUUGGUUGCUCGACAUGCGGAACGAUAUGUGGCGUUGGAAAAAUGUCCAAGUAAGGAAUAAGAAAAACACCGUCACGCACAACUGGAUUUAUCCGACCUGCAGCAUCGGGUCAAAGAUUAUCGUUUUGAGCCCUACUUCACCGAACGACUUUCAGAUCACGAGACAGCACCGACCCACAAAUCAAGGACUCCAUCCGCCCAAUUUGGGGCGGCCCCGACCGCUUAAUCCAAAUGAACGGAACAGAGCUGGCGCGAAUGAUCCAAACGUUCCGCCUCGUCAAAAUCCUGCGCGUAGCCAUCCUCCUCCACCACCACCCCCUCCGGCACCGAUUGCACCGUCAGCACCAACUGUCGCUUCUCUUCCUUCUUCGGCCUCAACAAGUCAACGCCCACAAGAACCACGUCCUGGACCAUCGGGUAUGUGCUCUUCAAAUUCGCCUGUGUCACCUCCACCGCCACCAUCACCUCCACAGCAGCAGCAGCAACAACAACAACAACCGACAGCGGGUCCCUCGCGGUCCCAACCCUUGCUCCGAAGUCCACAACUGUAUCGCCAGCAGAAAGACGACGAACACAUGCUGCCUAAACGUUUCAACGCGUCGAGUCCAUCCGAGCCCAACCACAUGACGAUGGUGGCGUUCACUGUGCCUCCCACAAAUCCGGCCCCCUUGCACGCUCUCCGCGAGCGUCAGCUGGAGCGCCUCCGCAAAAUAGAGGAGAAAAUAUCCGCUAUGCGACGAAUCAAGGAGCAGGAACAGGCAGCCGCGGCGGCAACAGCGGCUGUGAAGGCACUUGCCGCGUCCUCCCAAGAGCAACCCGUCACUCCGAAGCGAGUCAAACGGAACGGUUUGGCGGUUUUUGUUUGUGACAUCUCGCGAAUAAUGGACACCGAACCGGUGAUUGAGUGGCAAGAGACGAGGAACAGCGGACUGCUAGCGGGCGCGCCAGAUCAUUUCACCUUCUCCACCAUGGUCAGUGGAAACGGGGAGCUGAUAGUGUUUGGGGGACUGAACAAAAAUCCAAAAUCGGGCACCUCUAGUGUGACCAAUUCGGUCCACUUCCUCACCGUUCCGACGGCGAUCGUGUAAAGAUUUACACUGUAAAUUACUGAGUCGCUGAUGUGUGUGUGUGUGUUAAUAGCGCGCUUUAAAUUGAAAAACAAUACAGUUUAAUACGUAUUUUUAUUAUUUGGUUACAAACGUUAAUGCAUCUUCGCGGUGUGCUGUGAGCUGGUCAAUUCGUUCAUUACCUAUAGCUAAAGAAGCGCGAUUCUUCAAACAUGCUAAUUAUUACAAUGAAUAAAUAUUUCCUCCCUUCAUCGAAACAUUUC